AUGGCCUUCCUCGAGGACGACGACGCCGUCCGCACGUUCGAAGCGGCGCUCUCAUUCGUCGAGCAGUACUCUACCGACCCGAUACCUGUGGCUCCCACAGGCGCCUCGCCCGCCUCGUUCUCGUCGUCUCUCGCGUCCGCUCUCGUCGACGACAUUGAGCUCUUAUCGCCCAGUGUGACGCCCUUCGCAUCGCCUUUACCAAGCGCUUGCGUCUCCCCUGAAGCUUUGAGUCAUGAUUCGCUAUUGUCACCUACUGUCACAGUCAACGGGCUAUCGAAUGGCGCGAAAAUGGAGAACCUCAGUCCACCGACGACGCCAGGACACAAGAUAAAGGCUCUACUGGGUCGAGCACGGAGGAAAACAUUCACCCCUAGCGGUCUGAAGAAGCCCGUGACAAGAGGAGACCCGAACCGAGCCAGGAACGAGCGGAAGAUCGAGCUCGCGUUCUUGAGGGAGAAGGUGGCUCAGCUGGAGCUGGAAUUGACCGCCUUGAUGCUCCAUCCAAGGUCGCAGACGAGAGCUCUUCGUCACGAAGGCGAGAAGCGACGGGUGACGAAACAGGAGGCAGUAGUGGACUCGACUGUGUCAGUGUAUGACCCGGUGCAGAUCCCGACAGUGUGGAAAGAGGUGGCUGGUCGACAACGCCGACGACGAGAAAAGGCCGAGCGGGAGAACGUCCGGCUCAAAUUGAUUCUCGAGCAUCAAAUCAAAAUGGCCAAAGGGCUCGAGAGUUUACUCCAAAAGCGAGCAAAGCAGCAGGUUACCGAGUGCUUGAACUUGUCCCAAACGAAAAAGUCCAAGUAUUCGCAAGGACGCACGUUUGACUUUCGUGCGGACGUGAGUGAUUUCGGGGACUUGCUGAAACAUCUGGACAGGGCGUACAAGGAAGUUGACGAGGUGUUUGCUGCCAAUGGGAUGUCAAAAAUGGAGACGACGCAUCGCGACGCUCGGAUGCGUGAAGGCGCUGACGGCAUGUACCUUGACAUUUUUGCGAACAAAGUCAUGCCUUUUGGUAUGCGCGCAACGGCACAAGCGGUGUGGAAUCAUUUCAAAGGAGCUGAGAAGCAUCGUGGGAACAUGUACGAAGGAAAGGUAGCAAAGCACUUGGCAACACCAGAUACACCGGAAACAAUUAUCGAGGACUUUGCAAAGGAGUUUUUUGCCGACAGCGCACGUGCAGAUUUCCACGCCAAGCAGGUUCUAAGGAGACAUGUAGAAGAAGAUCGCGAGAUCGUGAUCUGGGUUGCAAGUGUUGUGCCGCUAGAGUUUGAUGACAAGUGUGUCAAGGGUCUCGGGUUCCGACACCAAGGAUACGCUCUCACCAAAAAAGCGAAGGCCUCUACGCCAAACCGGGAGUUUUCACUCUUACAGCUGUGCUCAUUGGUAUCACCGGAAAAGGAGGACCACACUGUAUACGAUUCCGCAGCUGUACGUGCGCUGACCGAAUUUAUGUUGGGAACGGUGGCGGGCAAUAUUACAGCUAGCCAGGAGCUCAUUGAGAAUGUGCUGAUGGACCAAUCUGUAUAG